ACGCUUUUGACAUUUUUGUGAUACGAGAUGGUGACCGGGGUGGGUGCCACGAUGCCGACCGGCGGGGUCACCGUCGGCGCUACGCCGCCGGCGCAGCACGUGCCCCAGGAGGCUGGACAGCCCCCUGCGCAAACCACCGCCACCACCGCAACCACCAGAAGAUCCGGCGAGAAUCGACGGAGUAACAAGCCGAUCAUGGAGAAACGGCGGCGAGCCCGCAUCAACAACUGCCUAAACGACCUGAAGACCCUCAUCCUGGACGCCAUGAAAAAAGACCCAGCGAGACACUCGAAGCUGGAGAAGGCCGACAUCCUCGAGAUGACUGUGAAACACCUGGAGACGCUCCAGCGUCAACAGGUUGCCCUGGCGGCGGCGACCGACCCGAACGUCUUGAACAAAUUCCGGGCUGGUUUCACGGAAUGCGCCGGCGAGGUUGGCAGGUUUCCCGGUCUGGACGCGUCGGUGAAGAGGCGUUUGAUGGCCCACUUGGCCUCCUGCCUCGGACCGGUCGAGGCGAGCAACGCGAACGGCCAGACGGCGAGCCAGCAGCCGGUGCAACCGGCGCCACCGACCACGCAGCUCCAGGUCCACAUCCUGCCGCAGGUGGACGCCACCCCGAGGAUCCAGGUCCAACAGUCGAACGGGAUAUUCUUCACGAACGCGAACGGCACGGGGCUUCAGCUGGUCCCGACCAGGCUGCCGAACGGCGACAUCGCGCUAGUCCUGCCGGCCGGAGCGAAGGCGACCCCGGUCACCUCGCCGGCCUCCUCGCCAGCCCCGACCUCGCCUCUGCCGACUCUGAUCCCGAUUCCUCAGAGAACGGCCAGCACGGCGUCCGCCUCCUCCUCGACCUCGUCGGCCAGCUCGACGUCCACGUCCGCGGCGAGUCCGGUCGCGUUCGAGGCACCGCCGGCCACCUUCCGCGAGCAAUCCGCCGCCUUCAACACCGGCAACAGCCACAGGGACGUCGCCACGUCGCCGGCCAACGGCUACACCAGUGACCCCGAGUUCGACCCCCGCGUCUACAGCCCGCCGCUCCAGAAACCGCUCGCCCUCGUCAUGAGGAAGAGCGUGGUCCCCGAGGUCGAGGACAAGCCGUGGAGGCCGUGGUAAAAUCGUGAUGUCGCGGGUGAUACGCGCGCGCGCGCGCGCCGUCGUCUUAAGACGGAAACAGUCUCGAGUGAAAUAUUAUAUUGUACAUGUUCUCCGACUGAAGACACGUGGAUCGGUCGUUCAGCACCGUGAAAGUUUACGGACACGGAUAUUGUUCCUUAUCGUAUUUAGGAUCGCGUCCUGCCAGCUAGGACACCCUCGGAACCGCGAGUUUUUUAGCACCCCGAGUGCGUACACGUCGGCCAGUAGCCUAUGAGGCAGUGCCUUAUACAGUGCCUUGUAAAUAGUUCUAUCGUAUCGUUGAGAGAAAGGGAGCGAGCGAAAGAGAGAGCGAAAGAGUGUGCGAGAGAAUGAGAGAGAGAGAGAGAGAGAGAGAGAGAGAGAGUCGAGAGGAAGAAUGUAAAAAACCGAGAAAUCAUUUGUUUCUUCAUUUCCGUUCGUCAAUCGUUUCCAUUGAGUUUCGACGCGUACCCCCCGAAUUUUGCAUUCUUUCCACCUUUCGUCGUCUGUACAUACAUGUGUUUAGAAGGAUAUCGUAUUUUAAGUGCCUUACGCAACAAGAAUCACCGAGGUCUUCCAUUCUGUUUCUUGUACGUAGAGAAAAUACGCCGUGCGAGUGUCUAUGUAUUCGCGAAAAGUACGAGGAACCAGUUUCUUCUUUCUUUUAAUUUCAUUCAUUUUGUAACUAAACGCGGAUCUUUAGUUCGUAGGAUUAAUUAAGUGUGCGGAUGGGCAAAUGACACGUGCGCGCGUGCGUGCGCGCGCGCGUGCUCGAGCGAGAGAUAGUGUGCGAACAGUUGUCCUAUUUAUAUUUAUAUGAGUGCAGAGAAAUUAAAUUUAUAAUUCCUCUCUAUUGUGAGAAUAGAAAAGAUCGACGCUUAUCACUGCAAGAGCAUCAAAUAAAUAUUGAUCUCUUUCUUCAAACUUA